CGGGCAGGAGUAUGUACGGUGCGGGAGCUCUGUGGCGGGCACCUUUAAACGAAACCAACGGACGAUCGACGCGCGAUUAUGGACCGAAGGAACGGAUCGCGUCCGUGUCGUUAGCUCCUGAGAGAAAAUUCUAAACGGUGUGUUCGUCGUGAGUCGCGGUUUACGAUUCGAUCGGGGAGAUUCAGUAACGGUCCACUGCCAAGUUGUACACUGCCAAUAAAAAACCCCCGUGGAUUCGAAAUACAUACAGUCGGAUCCACACUGACCCUUUGUGUUCGUACCAUUUAUGAAUAUAUUUCGGUUGUUACUUACCACACGAUCUCUCCCGCGUUUUUUCUAACCGUGUAUCCGAGCAAGCCGUCCAGCGAUCGGUGACGCCGAUACACUACGGGUUUCUGUGUUCUCUCUUUCUCUGUUUAUGGCCACUACCGGUGUCUCUCGCGUUUUAAACCUCCGCCGUAAGACGAUACGAUAGAUCAUAAGUCCCGUCGUGGACACCAAUGGACGUUUCCCACGGUAGUGUGACGUGCCACCAGUUUUGUUACACGUGACAAAAGUGACGGAGAAAACGGUUCCAAGAUGCCCAGCCAAACCACCACAAUCCUCCUCAAGUGUUCCAUGGUGGAUGUACCCGCGUUGAAUCACGUGAAACUCAAAUCUCUGUAUGGCAGUCCUGGAACGCUGCACAAAGAUGUCAGUGGUGCUGGUACCAAGGUCAGCGGGAAGACGGUCGGCGGUGUCGGGACUGCAACCCUCACCACGCUAUCCGCCAUUAAUAAUACAUCCAACACCAGCCGGAACAAGAACAACAUCCCCGUAUCUCAAGAGAAAUUACUGUCAUUCUUUCACCCGAAACCCACGCGAGUGGACAAGUCGGACAACAAUAAUACGAACAAUUCGACGACCAACAACAUCCACAAUAUGCCGAUGCAUGAACCUUCUAUCAACGCCACGUCUCACGACAUAUACUCUGGGAGAUUGCCAAUGACACCGCAGGAAGCGAUCAAGUACUUUGGUUCAAGACUCACCGAUUUCGAGCGCGCGGAAAUCGAGAAAUACUCGGAAAUUUGGUAUCUGGGCCUGCCGGCCCACAAAAUCCACGGGGAGGAAGGUUCGUCGCAAAAUGGCGGCUACGACGACGAGAACGGGAACUACAACAAGGUCCUCCACGAUCAUAUCUCGUACAGAUAUGAGAUCCUGGAGGUGAUAGGCAAAGGUAGCUUCGGCCAAGUGAUCAGAGCGCUGGAUCACAAAACGGGCCAGUACAUCGCCAUCAAGAUCAUCAGGAACAAAAAGAGAUUCCAUCACCAGGCGUUGAUCGAGGUGCAGAUCUUGGAACAUCUCAGGAAGAAGGACUUGGAGGCGAACGCGUCCCACAAUGUGAUACACAUGCUAGAAUAUUUCUACUUCAGGAACCAUUUGUGCAUCACUUUCGAGUUGAUGAGUUUGAAUUUAUACGAGCUAAUCAAAAAGAACAACUAUCAGGGAUUUAGUCUGAGUCUAAUACGACGAUUCGCUAAUUCGUUAAUUAGCUGCCUGAGACUGUUGUACCGAGAGAACAUCAUCCAUUGCGAUCUGAAGCCCGAAAACGUGCUUUUGAAGCAGCGGGGUAGCAGCUCGAUCAAGGUCAUAGACUUUGGAUCCUCGUGCUACAGCCACCAACGUGUGUACACGUACCUUCAGUCCAGGUUCUAUCGAAGUCCAGAGGUACUUUUGGGUCUUCCGUACGGUACGCCGAUCGAUAUGUGGAGUUUGGGCUGCAUUCUCGCGGAACUGUACACCGGCUGCCCGUUGUUCCCGGGCGAGGAUGAGAUCGAGCAGCUCGCCUGCAUCAUGGAGGUCCUAGGCGCGCCCCCGAACUACAUCAUCAAUCAUGCGUCUCGUCGCAGGCUUUUCUUCGACCCGAAGGGAAGUCCUCGAUCCGUGACAAACAGCAAGGGCAAGAAGAGGUGGGUCCGUAGCAAGAGUCUGGCGAUGGCUCUUCGCUGCACCGAUACCCUUUUCGUCGACUUUGUCAGCAAAUGCCUUGAAUGGGAUCCAAACAAACGUAUGACACCUACCGAGGCGAGCCGUCACGAGUGGUUAAAUUCGUCCUCGUCGCGCGUGAGCUCCUCGUCAUCGACGAUGGCCUCGUCGACGGUGAACGCGAACUCGAACGCGAACGCGAACACCACAACGGUGGAGACCUCAUCGCAAUCGGCCCACGCGCAAACGGUCAGCGUGACGGUAAGCGCGCCUAGGCAACGCGCCACAACGGUCGAGGAUCCACCGUACACGAUGUACCGUCUCUACAAAGGUCGUAAGUACGUGCAAACGAUCAGCACAGGGGACAACACGGACAACGGAGGGGUGGUGGUGGUCAAGAGCAAGCUGAACGGCAGCGCGAGCAGCCACGCGCUCGCCAGCACCGCGCAGACCGCGACCUCGAGACACGCGUCCACCGGUGAUAUCGUCGCGAGCCUGGACCCGAAUCUCGACGAUUCCGGCACGUUUUUGCCGCCGAUAUUGUGAAGUCGUCGGGGUGUAUGCGCUAGCCACAUCUAGAGAUGCUUUCGCACCGCGCCGUGCGUAAACCGUGUCGCGAUCGAACACUUCGACCUCUCCGCGUCCUCGCGAGGACACCAACGGAUGGAUGAACGACGAGGGGACAGACAUAAAGAAAAAAAAAUACUAAAAAAUAAAUGAAAAGAAAAACGGGAGGAGGAGCCCGAUAAACCACUGUUCUGGUAGGUCUUUUCUUCGGGAAAAGAACUCGAGGACUGUCGUGUGUUUGCGGUGUCAGGACACGAGGAGCACAAACGACGGUCGAUUCGGUCACGACAAUAAAGCAUCAACGGGGGAUCGACCGUCCCGCUCUAUGACCAAUCUCUGUUGCCCCUCCGCCCCUCACCCACUUAACCAUUGGUACCCCCGGGAGCGUUCAUCCGGCGACGAAGUUUCUCGCGUGUAUCACCAACGGGGACUCUGUGCGUGAAGAGUAUGAGAUACACCGGGCCGGAUCUUUUGGGG